AUGUAUGGCCUGCUGUGUGAGAGUCUGCAUGACUUCAUUAAGGAGUCGUAUGGGGAUGAUGUGUGGAAGCUGGUGAGGGAGAGAGCAGAUGUCCGACUACACUCCUUCGUCACCCACCAGGUCUACAGUGAAAGUGUAAUCCCACGCAUAGCCAAAGCAGCAAGUGGUGUCACAGGCACUCCCUAUAAUGAGCUAAUGAACUCUUGGGGUGUCUACUUUCUUGGUUUUGUUGGGAAGUAUGGUUACGACCGCAUUCUCAAGGUGUUGGGUCGUCAUGUGCGUGACUUUGUUAAUGGUCUGGAUAACCUGCAUGAGUAUCUGCGCUUUAGUUACCCUAAAGUGCAGCCACCCACUUUCUUCUGCCAGGAGGAGUCUGCAACCGGAGUCACACUGCACUACAGGAGCAAGCGAAAAGGCUACCUGCACUAUGCUAUGGGUCAGCUGAGGCAGAUGGGGAAACAGUUCUACGACACAGACAUCCAUGUGGAGGUUCUUUCGGAGCAGCUAGUGGGAGAUUAUUCUCACGUCACUAUGAGAUUGAACUUUGAUAACUCUGCUUAUCGCUACAUCCAAAAAGAGGAUGAAGAGGAGCAGGAGAUUUUGCCGAUCACUAGUGACUUUUUCUUUGAGGUGUUUCCCUUCAACAUUGUGUUCAGACAGGACAUGGUGGUGCACAACGUUGGCUCUGGUUUGGCCACGGUCUUUCCUGACCUGGAUGGGAAGAAGAUUAACGAUGCUUUCCUCCUGGCACGCCCCCUGGUGGAGUUCACCUGGAACAUGAUCAUUUCCCAUCCCAACAACCUGUUUGAAAUCAUGUCUAAGGAGCCUGUGAAGAGGGAACGAAACCUUCAUAAUAGAGUCCAGAACUCUGAUUAUGAGAAUGCUAAUCGCUCUGCUGAUGUAGAUGUGGAGCUCAUGGCCUUCCAGUCUAUCAUUGGAGAUGACUACAAAGAUGGGAACAGUGCCAAUGCCAUGGAGAGCUGGGGCGAUGGCAGCCGAUGCCUCAAACUGAAAGGCCAAAUGAGAUACAUGCCUGAGUGGGAGUCCAUAAUCUUCCUGGGAACACCUGUAAUGGAGAGUCUGAGUGCUAUGUUUAAGACCGGGCUGUACAUUAACGACCUGAGCAUGCACGACUCCAGCAGAGACCUGGUGCUGGCAGGAACCCAGCAAUCUGAAGAGCUCAAACGGGCUCUCAUACAGGAGCAGAAAAAAUCAAGCAAGCUGGAGGAGAGCAUGAAGAUGUUGGAUUAUGAGAUGAAGAAGACAGACGACCUGCUGUACAGGAUGAUUCCCAAACCUGUGGCGAAGCGGCUGAGGAAGGGAGAGCCUGCAGUGAAUACGUGUGAGGUGUUCCCAGAUGUGACCAUUCUGUUUAGUGAUGUGGUGGGCUUUACACGCAUCUGCAGCCACAUCACUCCCAUGCAGGUGGUGUCCAUGCUCAACACCAUGUACACACUGUUUGACACGCUCAGUGAGAAACACAGAGUCUUCAAGGUUGAAACUAUCGGAGAUGCCUACAUGGUGGUAGCAGGAGCUCCAGAGAAGACUAAGUACCAUGCCCAUAACAUCUGUGACAUGGCUUUGGACAUGGUGCGCUCCAUUGACCACCUUAAAGACCCAUCUAAUGGAAACAACAUUCAGAUCCGAGUGGGCAUCCACUCUGGAAUGGUUGUCGCUGGGGUCGUAGGUCACAAAAUGCCUCGCUACGGUCUUCAUGGUGACACGGUCCACACGGCGUCUGCCAUGGAAAGCAAUGGAAAGGAGAUGCACAUCCAGCUCAGCAGCGCCACCUAUGAGCACCUGAAGGGCAGUCACUUUAUCUUUGAAAGACGUGGAACAAUAACAAUUAAGGGUAAUGUGGAGAUCGAGACAUAUUGGCUGAAGGGGAAGAGGGAUAAAGAUGGGAAUGCACAGGCUGCCUGCCCUCAGUUUGAAGCUCAAACCAUCAGCAAGGCUGCUAUCUCUGCUGCUGAGCCUCCUAUUGAUGAAGAGGAACUGAUGUUCCCGUCAGUUACAGGUGAAGAUGAAGACGAUGUGAAGUCGAUCCGCUCUCAUCGUAUUAAAAUGGAAACAUCCGGCAACUCUUUGGAAGAGUCCAUGGAAGAGGGCCGGGUAGAGGAGUUGUCUGUGAGCAAGGAUGGUGGUCUCCAGGACCCUCACAUUGAAAUGGACUCUCCAGACUUUGAUGGUCGGGACUCCAUCAUGCAGUCUCCAGAAGGUUCCUGUGACUCUCGCUGCUCUGAGAAAAGCACCAUGUGUUCCAUAUCCUGA